CUGACCUUCCGUCUGAAUCGGUCAGAUGCUCAGAUUGUUUGGCAAAACUUUAACCUCCUUUGAGUAUCCGGCAGACAUCCAUAUCAUUCAGAGCGAUAUUUUUGCUCGUCAAUAUCGUCCUUUAACAUUUUAGUAUCAAUCUCGGCUCACUCCUUCUGACUACUCUCGCUACUGAUCAAUUUAACAGCUGUGUACACUGUCUUCCAGGACAGAAAGCCUGUAUGUGCGAUCGUGACUGUGCGUUGCCUUCCAGAAAAACCCAUGUGUGCGAUUCAACAAUUGUGAUAAUCUGAAUUCAGAAAUUUUCACCUGUCGCUCUUGAUUUCUUGAUUUGGUUCAAACUAUUGUAGCCCCUUAAAUGGAUAGACUCAGGGAAGAAAAAAUACAAAGAUUCGAAGAAUUUGUUGACCGACGCUUGAAACCUGACCUUGUUCGGGCCAUUGCUGAAAGGGACAAGGUUUUUGAACAACAGAAAGUCUUCUCAGAUCUGAGAAAAAAUUUGGAGAAUUUGGAGAAGAAUAGUGUAACAAGUCUCAGGUCAAUGGUCAAUCUCGGGUCUGAAGUAUACGCACAAGCUGAAGUACCUGAUACACGCCACAUAUUUGUAGACGUUGGGCUUGGAUUUCAUGUAGAACUCACUUGGUCCGAGGCUUUAAGUAUCAUCCCUGCCAGGGAAGAAAAAUUGGCAAGGCAAAUCGAGGAAUACACGCGUCUCAUUGCACAAAUAAAAGCCCAAAUCAAGACGGUUUCGCAAGGGAUACGAGAGUUGCUGCAACUGCCAACGGAGUAAUUUUGCCAAAUUAUCAAGUCAAAAACAAGAACCUGAACUUUGAAAUUUGUUUAGGCCAGAUUUGCCUUUUUGAUUUAUCGUCAACAAUUUAAGUGAAAUAUAUGAAUUUUUCGAAGUAUCGAUCAUAAAGGACUGUGUUGUAACUUGUUUUCUUUGACAACAAACUGUGAGAGUAAUCAACUAGCUUCUUCUGUUGGGGUG